AUGGACCGGAUAAGAAUAUCCAACCAUAAAUUGGGUUUGGUUGUAUCAAAACAAAAUCAGAAUAACCCAAAUUAUUUAGUCGCCAGCAUCUACGCAUCGGCAUUAACGGCAUGUUUACAGUUUAAUAGUUCCCAAAGAAAACUUUUCUUAAAAGAGUCAUUGGAGAAGCUCAAAGAAAAGGAUGCUCUCAAAUCGCAUCACAUAGAUUUAUAUAAACAAAUAACUCUUUCAGGUGUUAUCCUUUCUAUUUAG